AUGAAUACUUUUUAUAUUUUCUUUUUAUUUGUGUUGACAUCAUGCUUCGUAAAAGGUGAUUUGCCUAUACAUGCUCUUAUGGGAGAUGUAUCAGGAAUAUGGAAAAUAAAACAAACAAGAAAAAUGAGCCAAAAGCCUGAACAUUGUGGUGGGAGUAUACCCAAUAGAAAUUUGGAUAACUUAAAGCCAUCCAUAAGAAAUUAUGAAAGAUUUUUGGAGAAUGAAUAUGGGAACCUAGAGACAAAGAUUAUAAACUUAACACUGGAAAAAGUAAAAAUAAUUAAUCAAGAAAAACCAAGAGAUAAAUGGACAUAUCUUUCUGUGAGAGAUUAUGAAAAGAAUGAAAUUAUUGGUACUUGGACCAUGGUAUAUGACGAGGGCUUUGAAAUAAGAUUGAAUGGAAGUAAAUAUUUCGCUUUUUUUAAAUAUGAAAGAAAAUCAAAUGCACACUGUCCUACCUCAAUUGAAGACAAAAGUUAUAAUGAUAGAGAUUGCUACAAAACCAAUCCGACACAAACACAUAUUGGAUGGAUACUGGAUGAAAAAGUUAAUGAAAAUAAAAAUGAAAAAAAAUUUCAAUGGGGAUGUUUUUAUGCAGAGAAGAAAGAAAGUGCUCCUGUGUCUUCCUUUGUUCUUCAUAAUGGGAGGGAAAAUAAAUCGAAUCUAAAAGACAGUCAUGAAUAUCAUUUUGAAGAAAAAAAAAAAAAAAAUCUUCCUUCUAUUGGAAGGAGAUCAAAUUAUAAAAAGUUUCGAUUUUCCAACCUACAAAAAAUAUAUGGAUCUACACAAACGCACCUAAGGGAUAUCUAUGGAAGCACAGGCGAUCGAAAAUAUGCAUGCAGAAAAAAAGACCUUCUGAAUUUAAAAAUACGACUUACAUUACCAAAAGAAUUUAGUUGGGGAGACCCUUUUAAUGAUGAAAAUUUUGAAGAAAAUGUAGAUGAUCAAAAAGAUUGUGGUAGCUGUUAUUCUAUAUCUAGUGUGUAUAGUUUAGAAAGAAGGUUUGAAAUAUUAUUUUGGAAGAAAUAUAAGAAAAAAGUAAAUAUGCCUAAAUUGUCUCAUCAAUCAAUAUUAAGCUGUUCUCCAUAUAAUCAAGGAUGUGAUGGAGGGUAUCCUUUUCUUGUUGGUAAACAUUUGUAUGAAUAUGGAAUAAUACCUGAACGGUACAUGCAUUAUGAAAAUAAUGAUAACAAUAAUUGUAUUAUGGAUAUGGGGAAUUAUAAUAAUUUAAAUGAACAAAAUAAAAAUAUAAAAGAAAUUUAUUAUGUUUCAGAUUAUAAUUAUAUAAAUGGAUGUUAUGAAUGUACUAAUGAAUAUGAAAUGAUGAAUGAAAUUAUUUUAAAUGGACCCAUAGUUGCAGCUAUUAAUGCUACCUCAGAACUUUUAAAUUUUUAUAAUAUAGAUGAUAAAAAUCUUGUUUAUGAUAUCCUACCUAAGGAUACGCAUCAAGUAUGUGAUAUACAUAAUAAAGGAUUUAAUGGAUGGCAACAGACCAACCAUGCAAUAAAUAUUGUCGGAUGGGGUGAACAAAUAAUUAAUAAAGAUAAAAUAAAAAAUGAUGAACCUAACAAUAAUUAUAAUAAUAAUCAGACAUUAAUAAAAUAUUGGAUUAUAAGAAAUACUUGGGGGGAAAAAUGGGGAUAUAAAGGCUAUCUCAAAUUUCAAAGAGGCAUUAAUUUAGCAGGUAUUGAAUCACAAGCUGUUUAUAUCGACCCAGAUUUUUCUAGAGGAUACCCAAAAGAUAUACUUCAGUCCGAUCUUUUGGAAUAA